UGGCAGUGUCAGGGUUAACUUCCCGCUGGCUGCUCCGCUGGAGGAGCCUGAGUGAAAUCAGCCCCAGCAGCAUCCCGUCCACAGUCACAGCCACUCAAAACUGCGCGGAAGCUGUACAGAGGCGAGAUGCAGAGAGGAUUCCCGGCUUCCACUCGGGAAUCUACUUGUUGAUUCACUCCAGAAGUGAUAGGACUUCUUGGUGAUGGUUUUCUUUUCGUGUACUAGCUUUAUAAUUUUCAUCAUGUCGGAGCGCGGCUGGUGAUGCAUCUCUGGGCUGCAAGCAGAGCGAAGGAGACAGUGGCAGUCUUACAAGUUGCAGCGCACUUGCACAUGUAAUGACGCUGAUUUCACUUCAUGAGAUGAAUCGUCACAUCAAGAAGACGCCACAAGAAACGAAGGGGGCUCCUGAUGCGGUCAUCUCCAGGGUCAUGUCUUCUUAAUCUCCCAGACCGCGUCUUCCAGGCUCUCCAAGUGUCCAACUGAGUUGAGCAAAGAUGAUCAAAACCGGCUCCCAGUUAACCACCACGCUGCCUCCGGACACCGUAGACAUCAUCCGGACCAAGACCCACUCCCGCCGGGUGAGACUCAAUGUCGGGGGGCUUCUUCACGAAAUCCUCUGGAGGACCCUGGACAGGUUGCCCCGCACAAGGUUGGGCAAGCUGCGUGACUGCAACACACAUGAGUCCAUCAUGGAGAUAUGUGAUGACUACAGCCUGGACAGCAAUGAGUAUUUUUUCGACCGGCACCCUGGCGCCUUCACCUCCAUCUUGAACUUCUACCGCACCGGCAAGCUGCACAUGAUGGAGGAGAUGUGCGCCCUCUCCUUCAGCCAGGAGCUAGACUUCUGGGGCAUCGACGAGAUCUACCUGGAGUCCUGCUGUCAGGCCCGGUAUCAUCAGAAGAAGGAGCAGAUGAACGAGGAGCUGAAGAGGGAAGCCGAAAACAUGAGGGAGAGGGAGGGAGAGGAGUUCACCACCACAUGCUGCUCUGAGAAGAGGAAGAAGCUCUGGGACCUGUUGGAGAAGCCGAGCUCAUCGUUCGCUGCUAAGAUCCUUGCAAUUAUCUCCAUCCUCUUCAUUGUGCUGUCCACCAUUGCCUUGUCUCUGAACACCCUCCCAGAACUGCAGGACACCGACGAGUUUGGCCAGCCCACGGACAACCCACAGCUGGCUCACGUGGAAGCUGUUUGUAUUGCCUGGUUCACCAUGGAGUACCUGCUCCGCUUCCUCUCCUCCCCAAACAAAUGGAAGUUUUUCAAAGGUCCCCUCAACAUCAUCGACCUGUUAGCUAUUCUGCCCUAUUAUGUCACCAUCUUCCUGACAGAGUCCAACAAGAGCGUGCUUCAGUUUCAGAACGUUCGCCGUGUGGUUCAGAUAUUCCGGAUCAUGCGGAUCUUGAGAAUCCUGAAACUGGCCCGUCACUCCACAGGUCUUCAGUCUUUGGGCUUCACUCUCAGGAGGAGCUACAAUGAGCUGGGCCUGUUGAUCCUCUUUCUUGCCAUGGGCAUCAUGAUCUUCUCGAGUCUGGUGUUCUUUGCUGAGAAGGAUGAAGAGGACACCAAGUUUAAAAGCAUCCCUGCCUCCUUCUGGUGGGCUACCAUUACUAUGACCACUGUAGGUUAUGGAGAUAUAUACCCAAAAACUCUGCUGGGAAAGAUAGUUGGAGGUUUGUGCUGCAUUGCAGGGGUUUUGGUGAUAGCCUUACCCAUCCCUAUAAUUGUGAAUAACUUCUCUGAGUUCUACAAAGAGCAGAAGAGGCAGGAGAAAGCCAUCAAAAGGCGAGAGGCUCUGGAGAGAGCUAAGAGAAAUGGUAGCAUUGUCUCUAUGAACAUGAAGGAUGCAUUUGGCCAUAGCAUGGAACUCAUGGACAUCAUGGUGGAAAAAACUGAUGAGAGGAAGGAGAAGCUGCAUGACAAUCACAUAUCUCCGCAUAGAGGAACACCCCGGAUCAAGUCACCAAUAAACCCCAGCAGCCCCAGCAAGACUAUUGAGUCAAGCUACCAAGAAAACACAAAGCCAGCCAGCAGUCCUCAGCAUCUCAGUGCAGAGAAACUUGAGGAGAUGUACAACAAGAUGACAAAAGCACAAUCACAACCCAAUGUCAACAGCAAGGAAAAGGUGGCACAUUCAGUUAGGCGGAAAGCUGAAUUUGAGAUGGGAAGCAUCCUCGCUGAAGCCAUCUCAGGCACAGCGGAGGCAGUAACAGACAUGAAAAGUAUCUCCAGCGUUGACAGCUUUAUGAGCUGCGGCCCUGACUUUCCUGAGAGCUCUCGAUUUUCACAUAGCUCCGGCAGCAACAUGCCUGGAAGGGUCAGUACCAACCCCAGCCUGGAGCCCACCCUGGAGAAUGAGCAUGAGGGAUUGCAUGAUGCCACCAGCCCCGUGUCAAGCCAAAGCACCAAGAUCAACCGUGACAGCACAAGAGACCCGCCUCUGAACAACCCGCUUAAGGGCCGCUCAAUUAAAGUCAUUGUCAGAGGCGGGGAGGACUCAGGGAAAGGAGGUCUCUCAGACAGCUCAUCGGUCCAGAGCCCAGAGACAUCUGUUUAUACCACUGCCAGCAGCAGGACGCCUAGCAAGAGCCCCGAGAACUUACGGCCGAGCAUUUUCACAUUCCAUGACGCAUCUGUCAGUAAGUUUAUCGACGCCGACACAGACGAGGAGGAGCAUCUGCACGACAGUUUGGCAGCCAAUGUGACCCAAAGACUUUUGGACAGGCCCAGCCCUAGGUUUGGGCACCUCUCUGGCUUUCAACAGGGUCCCAACCACAUGGAGGGCCUCUCAAAGAAGCUGGGGAACAGCACCCUCCCACAAGAGGGGCAGGAAAACCAUAUUUCACCAGAGCUGCAGCCGCUUCACGGGGAAAAGCAUCAAUAAUACUCUUAGAGUUAAUUAGGCUUGCACAAAGAAUACAAUGAAGAAGGAGAGAUAAAGGACUGCAAAUGAGAAGCUCAGAGACUUGUCUGAGAGCAGCUUGCAGGAAAAUUGGAAGUAAAAGUUGUGGAUUACUGGAAAUAGUUUUGUUAUCCUCUCCCAAACGUUCCUAAUGGAAACAAUCAAACGUGCCCUCUGAGUGGAAUAAAAGGAGUGAAUUUUUACUAUUUAUACAAGCCCAGAUUGUAAUGUAAUAGUUAGACUCUUGCUGUAUGGGUCUAUUAAUUUCUGUAACCUAUGUUUUCUGAGAGCCCUGGAUAAAAUGCUAAAGCCACCUCAGCUAAAGCUAUCAAAUCAGUAGUGAAGCAUUAGGGGCAUCAAAACAAGGCACAAUAAGAGCAGAUUUUUCAAAAUCCUCAAUUGCAGUAUGAAAGGAAGACAUACAUCUUCUUUCCCUACAAUGUAUAUUUAUAUAUACAGUGUAUGUUCCAAAUAUGGAGGGUUGAGAACAUGUUCUUGCUUCUUACAACUUCCUUUAAAACUGGCCUUAGUUCAUGUAGUCCAGUGUUUUACGUUUUGAUGGCGAGAGGACCAAAGCCUGAGGCAUGCUAACAGAUUAUGUGUGUGUGUGUGUGUGUGUGUGUGUGUGUGUGUGUGUGUGUGUGUGUGUGUGUGUGUGUGUGUGUGUGUGUGCGCGCGCGCAAUAACUACCUUUCACUUAUAAUAUAUUUAUUAUGUAGCAAUAGUGGUCUCUUACUUCAGAUGUUCAGCAGAAUUAAGUGUUUCAGUCUGUUUCCUUUAAACAGCUCGUUGUUUCUCCUGAGUUGGCAACUUUACUGCACGGAUUAUACAUGAGCGGCACAGAAACACACUGUGAGAUCACGUCCAUCCUUUUCAUUCUUGUUCUCUCUCCCUGACGGCUGGCAAGAAAGAAAUCAUCUUUGUGAAAUUGAAUACCGGCUGAAACUGCUCUGCUCUUGUUUUUCUUGUUAUAACCAGUGGCGGUUUUGGAUAUGGGAAAUAAGGCCCGCUACCCAGGGUGGCAUACCACAGGGGGAUAACAAACAGGUUUUCUGUCGGUUAUUUGUAAGCUCAUUCAAUGGAAAUCAGUACCUCCCCGCAGUGUGCAGAGAGCACCGUAGGAAGAUAUUGCUGUACACUGUUAUGAUGCUAAAGUUGGUGUCUGAUCAAUAUGGUAUGAUUUGAUACUAAAUUCAAGGGUCAUUUCAGUGUGAUUGCCUGGUCAGUCCUUAUAUGGAUUAUUUUUUACAGAGCAGGCAUUUUUUAAAACACAACUUGAGAUUUGUGAAGCAUUUAUAGCUGCUAUUUGUAAAAAAACAAAAGAAAGAGGAUUUAAAUACUUUCUUAGGAUUAGGACCAAAUUAAACUGAGACAAGUAUAAAAAGAACAAGGUGUAAACCAGUUUAACCUGGGGGGAGGAUGUUAAACCAAUCUCAGAUUAUUUAAAUUUUGUCUAUCUGUCUCAGUAAAUAUGAGAUCAAUAUUUUUAGUUCUUACUGUCCCUGGUAAGUUAGAAAACCAGAGGUUUUUCUUGCUGAAUGGGUCGGAGGAAUGGGACUGUGGUUGGCUGUGAGUAGAAGAAGGAGCUCGCCCCGGCCGCCAUUCAUUCAGGAACCGCCACUGCUUAUAACCUUCAUUCUAAAUGACUGAGUGUGUCUUUGAGAUUGGGUUUCAUUUGUUUAUCAAAGAAAACAGCUUUUUUUUUAAAUUUUCAAAGCAGUUGCAGCGGCUAAAUUGAACUUUGCAUUAAAUAGCAGGUGAGACGGCAGUGAAUAAUCCAGUUUGGUACAAUUGUGAAUAUUGUGCAUGCAUCGCUGCAAAGCUAGACUCCACAACAUCAUUACACAUUACCUGUACAAAAAUGUAAAAAAAGCAAUUUAUAUUUUUAAGAUAUUUUCUAAAACAACUGACAUGUUGUGGUAACCUCAUAGUUAUGCAAUUCAAAACACUGUAUGGGCUGUGUUUCUUUGAAGGAGUUGCUUCUGUUAGACAACAUUUUGCAGGCGAUAGAUUUAUAAUAUUCGCAAUUGUCUCCCUGCUUGUUGCAGUCCUUUUUGUUCUAUGUAAAGAACCAAAGAACUGUUCUUUCUGAUGGGAUAUACAGGCGCUUGUACAUUUUGAUGUUUUGUCUCAAAAUGGAGCACUCCUUUUUAAACAAAACACAUAUUCGGGCUCAUUUCAGGGAGCCCUACUUGCUCAUUCAGGGCAAACAUCUAAGCAGGAGAAUAUCCUGUCAUCUAAACAAGACAGCUUCUGAUAAAUGAGGUUUAUUUUAUGUUUCUUGAAAGUUUGAUCGCUUUCCCAAAUUAAAAAUAUCUCCAAUCUCCCAGCUUUAAACAUCCUGCACCUAGACACCAAAUGUUCUGUAUUUUGUUCGUUUUUAUGCACCUAACUGAUAACACCAAAACCUGGUGCUCUCACACUCUUCUAAGUUAAUUUAUAACUUAUUAACUUUGCAACAUGUCUUGCAAGCAGUGAUCAAAGCAGCUUUUUGCAAGAAAAAUAUAUAAUAGUGGACCUAUUUCAUGUAGGUGGUUGUCAUUAGAGCUACAUUGCCUGCCACAUUUAUUGGCAAACCUGAUGAAGAUGUGUAAAAAACUUUAACAUUCAUCUGAUUUUGCAACAAACGACUUUCAUUUUAGUGCAUUUUUUUUCAGCAGAGAAAAGAAUCGCAUGUUGAUAUUGCUGUACAGCCUUCCUCUGCCCAAAGGCUAUCACUUUUUCUACUGCAACAUUUUAUCAUACAGACCAUCCAUCUUUGCACAAUUUCUCUAAAUUAUCCAAUGUCCUCAGUCCUCUCUUAUGUUCUCUGGAACAAUGGUUUUCUUUCUAGUGAACCAUUUUGGUGUUAAUCUAAUUAUAUGUUUUGCAUCAAUGUCACGCUAAAAGACCCAAUGAUGACUUAUUUUCAGUUUUUCUGAUCUGUAACUAAAACAUCCAAGUAUUUAAAAAAAACUUCAUGAUUCCAUGCAUUCUGAGAAGUAUGUCAGGGCCUUUUGGACAGACAGACCCACAGCAUUACAUAUCCUGCACCGUGCUUGACAGUGGGCAUAAAGUGCUUUGCCAAGCAUUCAUCCUUUUUUUGCAUGCCACCCUGCUAAGCUCAAUCAUGGUCUUAAUUGAUCAAAUACCCAACUCCAGUUAAAGUCCCAGUAGAGUUUAGCAAACUCCACAGAUUUUUGUUUUUGAUGGUGGAAGAAAAAAAAUGCUUUUUUCAAACUUCCAAUUAGCAUGUAGAUAGCAUGUAUUAGAUGUUAUAGAGACUCAGUGACCCCCAAGGUGCUCCUCUUUUCUGGAGUUGUCAGACAUGAGCUUUGGAUUGAGCAAGGUUUGUGCACAAAUACAUCUCAGUAAAUAAUAAUCACUUAUCGGUGAAAUCUGCAUGGACACACUGUUAGUGGUGGUGAUGUUUUUAACAAGAGGAGCCCCAAAUCAUAUUUUACUAAAGUCCCAUACAUCCUUAAGCCAGCCCUGAUUUAAUUUGUCCAAAGAUUUCAGUGUGAGAUUUUGCUGCUGCCAUAAAAUAGGAAUCUAUUUUCAGAGUUUUUACACAUCUUCACCAGGUUUGCCAACAAAUCUGUCUGACACUAUAGUCUGAGUUAGUUGUUUCUGUGCCUUUGCUUUUAAUAAACCCCUGCACACUGAAUCUGCCCUAAUGGAGUCUGAAUAACAAUCAAAUAAACAGAGAGGAGAAAGUACUCAUGCUGUCGAGCUUUUAUAUGUGACACUGCAGCUUCUUUUUUUAAACUUUAAUGUCUAAUGCAUCAAACAUUUGGAUGGAAAAAGUCCAGAAAAACAAACAGGUGCAGACUCUCAGCAGAGUUAACGGUUUCCAUGGUGAGGGGCUGAGAAGACUGGAUGGCUCACAUCUGAUGCACACAUGUAGCCUAAUUUACAGAGAAACCUUAGAGAGUUUAUCGAUUCAUUUAUUCAUCUCUGUUGUGUCUUCAGUUCAGGUGAAGAAACAGUAAACUGGAUUGUGGGGCUCUCAGUCAGACUGCCACAUCAUCGCUUUAUGUCACUCAGUUGCCCUCGCAGACACAUCUCAGCAAAUCACAAAAGAGCAGACAGAAAACGACCACACAGACCUUAGUGUGAGGCACUACUUCAGAGAUAUUGAUGAAGACUUCAUCCACCUUCUUCCUCGAAGAGGGGAGUGAGUGUGAACAAGGAGUCUGCGACAGAUGGAGCUGUGCUUCAGCGUGAUCAGCUUGAUUUUAAACUGACAUGCUGAAUGAUGGCUGUAGCAGUCUGCUGCCCAAAGUCAUGGGUAACUUCUGUUCUGAAAAGACAAAUGUGGUCAGCGUAUUCACACAGCUUAAACUUUUCAUGUUUUGUCUCAUUACAAACACGAGCAAUGUAUUUAAUCGGGAUUGUAUGUGAUAGACCAACAUAAAGCAUAUAAGUGUGAAGUGGAAGGCAAAUUAUGCAUUUUCAAAAGGUUUAUGUUUGCUACACAUUUGUAUUAAUCCCUCUGUACUCUAACACUCCUAGAUAAAACAUGGUGUCACAAACAACUUACAAAUUCAGCUAAUCAGUAAAUAGAGCCCACCUGUGUAUAAUUAUAUCUCAGUUUAACUACAUUAGUUCUGUAAAGCCCUCAGAGGUCUGUUAUAAAACAUUAGUGAACAAACAGCAUCAUGGAGACCAAAUAACCUUUAUGGAGAAGUGGUGAAAAGAAAGUCAUUGUUGAAAUAAAGUCAUGAGAAGUCUCAUUUUAAGUUUAACCCAACACAACAAACAUUUGGAAGGUGUUCUAGCCAGAUAAUUCAAAAAUAGUCUACAUGGUCAGCAUGCAGGGCAGUAUUUGGUUCAGAAAACUAACAGUUCACAUCACAUUGUCAAGAAAACCUGUUAGAGGAUGCAAAAGAUUUGACAGUUGGAUGGAGGUUCACUUUCCAGCACAAACAUGAAGAGACACAGUGUAACGGCUUGCUAUUUUUUGGACAUUUUAAUGAUUUGUUUUUAUUUUGUUGACUUCUUGUUGUUGACUGCAACUUUACCUGGUCUAGAAAGAAAUGUCUCCCAAGGGAGACAAAGAAAUCUUGAAUCUGGUUUAGAUCAAAGGAUUCAUGUGUUAGAAUGGCCCAGUCAAAGUCCAGAUCUAAACAAUUGAGAAUCUUUGGCAAGAUUUGAAAAUUGAUGUUAACAGAUGUUCUCUAUCCAGUAUUACUGGGCUUCAGCUUGCAGCUUUAACUGCAGUGAAAGAUGGUUCUUAUAGAACCAGUAUUGUGUCAGAGGAGCUGAAUAAGACCUUCAGAUUGUUGUUUUAAAUAAUUUUUUCAAACAAUUUUUUCCUUCCACUUCACAAGUAUGCACCACUUUGUUUGGAAUGCAUUCAAGUUUGUGGUUGUAAUGUGAGAAAUUGUGAAUAAUUUUGCAUUGCAAGGUGCAUUAAUUUUAACAAACUCUUUGUGCCUGAGAAUUAAGCAUUCCUCAGGCAAAAUGAUCUCCGUUACAGCCAGGUCAUCAACACAGCUCUCAGGUUUUCUGUGAGUAUUACCCAGCACUGAGCACCGAGUUCUUAGUUUUGUUUUUCCAUCCUGAUGAUGCAAAGACAGGCUGCAGCAUCCUUUUGAGGAUGAGUUCACAUCUCUACUUCUAUAAAUAUCCCCCUGGCCGUGCACAAGGUUUGUCGCUACAGGAAGGGCUCUGUUACAGCAACGCUCUCAACAUGAUGGUGUCAUGCAUUUCAGAGGAACACAUUUUGUAACAAAACACUCCAGAAAAAAGAAAACUACAGAGUCACUGGUGUGUGUUCUUUUUGGGCAGUCCAGCCUUUAGCAAUGCAUGGUAAUAAAAUAAAAAUGUCAAACUGACAAAUGGUCGUAUGACUUUCUCUACGAGAGGCGGUGGAGACAAUAGAGAGGACUAGAUCGAAAACGGUGCAGGUGGGCAACAUGCUGAAGGAUCAGGGGUCAUUAGCAUUCAUCACAGCGAGACAUGCAGUAAAUUACAAAUCCUUGAAAAUGAGCCUCUAAUUGUUGCCGAAUCUCUUGCAAACAAGCCAUAGUCUAUUUUAUCAGCUUCCUUCUGUGUUGGAUGAUUGGUAACUAUUUACUCAUAGCUUUUUGUAUUUUCUGUAUUAUUUUCUGAACUGCAGUUUGUUGUUGUUUUGUUGAGUGAAGUCCUCUGCUGUCUUGUAAUAACUGAAAUGUUGAAAUAAAAAGUCACAUUUUGGUUUUAACUACUCUCUAAAAAACACACAAAUCAGGGGAAAAAGAAGGUCCAAACAACCAUGUUCUUAAAGUUCAGUUUGUCACAUACAAAAGCAGACAAAUUAUCCCUGAAUCUUCCCGUUCCUGCAGGGAAACAAUCACUCUUCUUGAAGGUAUGGCUCUCUGUGUGCUGUCCUCAUUGUGUGAUGGGGGAAAAUGUUUGUUUUGUAAAAGUUUUAAACUUUGUACCUGUUCAGUUUGUAGAGGAAUACGUUUGUGCUUUCCCUGUUUUCUUCAACACAUGUAGCGCUAUAACACUUUGACACAAAGAACUUGUAAAUAUCAUCAGAAAAGCUGUAGGAAAACAAUUUUCAGGCCUAUAUCUUCUUUUACUGACUGAUGCUUAAUAAAAGACGAUAAACUUGU